UUGGUUAUAAACCAAAUUUACCAGAAAUGGUUGAUAGUGAUGAUACGAGGGCAGAAGUUUAGGCUUAAAAUUGAUAGUUUAAAUGUAAUCUUAAUUUUAGGCUUUCAAAUCUGUAUAAUUUAUACAAAUUUAAGCUAUAAUAAUAAUAAAUAAAGUAAAUUUCAUUUAUAAGGUUGAACAUGGUCCUACUAUGAUUCCUAAGUAAGUAAACUUAAAGUUUUUUUCUAACUCCCUUUAUUUUUCUUACCAAAUGCCAUUAAAUUGACAGCAUUUUCUCAAAAGUCUCUGAAUGUUGCUGGCCAUUAGGCAGCGCCAACUUGAUCUUUUUCCAUUCCAACAGGACACGAAGGACCCAGGAAAUUUCUCCCAUUUCAUGGCAAUUGAAGUGCUUCAUCUGGCCUGUAACUUCAUGACAGUUCGCAUUGGGGUCGAGUCGGCGUCGGGCAAUAUAAAUAAAUAUGCUUGUUGUCUGGCAAUUCGAACUGCACUCCCACGGCCAAUUUCGUUGUGAAAAAUUAAAGAUAACAUAAAUGCGGCUCGCCGGGGCACGCCAUUCCAUGCCAUUCCAUGCGAUGGUAUUCCAUUCCGGACGAAGCUAGGCCCGAAAAGCGGAAAAGCGGCGGAAUGCCGUGCCAGGACAUCAAUGGGGGCACUGGCGUGCUAUUUGAAUUGAACAAGUGUCAGCGUCGAGGGGAAACAGCGUCGAAGUUGACGCUCUAUGGUGCUCUUAUGACCCCCAAUAUCCCCUCCACUAUGUAUUCUCAGACGUUGUUGUACAGCAUUUGCAUGUCCUGCCAGUCUGGCGCUCUCAAAACUCAAAAUAUUAACACUUUAACGCCAAGUUUUUUAUCCGGCUGCCGGAAACAGACAACACAACGCAUACAUAUACAUGGUUGAAACACAAAUACUAGUGAAGCUUUUGGCGUCGGCGGCAAAACGCCAUGUUGGAUUAUUCAACUCGACGCCAUUUCGCGUCACAAUGCGCGCUAUGCGCCGCCAUCAUUGCAACCGACAGCGAACGGCACACGGUAGUUACAACAACAACUGCAAUAGCAACAAAAGCAGGAAUAGGAGCAACAACUGCAGCAGGAACAGCAACAACAGCAAACAGGAGUAAGGACCAUGGCGGCCCACACGGCGGAUGAAGUUGCAAUUCAAAGUCAUAAACACGUGGAGCGUGGGCGCAAAGUCUCAGCUAAGCCGGCCCGGGAAAGUGGUGGGAGAUGUGGUGGAAAAGCGAGGGAAACCGAAAAGGGAAAAGCGGGACGCAAAAGCCGAGGAAAAGCGGGAAAAUCCUAGGAACCAGCGCAGGAAUAAAGGGGCAACGGCAACAACAGCGGUAGCUCCACUUCCUGCCACGAGAUUCCUAGCCCAGUUGCCACUUCUUUUUUUUUUUUUAUUUCCAGACCAUUUUGUUGUCUAUGCAACACGACACAGGCGACAGAGGGUAUCAAAGGCAUAUUAAAUCCACUCCAUUUGUCCGCAAAACUGCAAUCGAGUAUGGUGCCGUUCACUUUGAUAGCCGCAACGUUAAAGGAAAAACUACAAAUGGAUCAAGUAUUUGAUGGGUUUUCAUUGGAAAAAAGUCUUAUUUUUCCAGAACCACAACAACAAAAAAGUAUUUCAUGCAAAUAUAGUUCUGCAUUUUCUAGUUUUUUUAUAUUAUUUUUGUCUAAAGUUUUUAUAAAAGUUUUUGAAGUUAUAAAGGUGUAUAAAAUGCAAUGAGUUAAUUUCAGCAAUUUUUGUAUAUCCCUUUUAUAAAUGUGGUUAGAUACCAUAAGUAUCUUUAAUA